CGCCGUGCCGAGAGUAUCCAUCUCAUAUUGAGAUCCAGUUGAACCCCCAAGACGAUUUUAUCUAGGGUGUGGGUACGACGGCGUAUCUGAGGUAUCUACAAGGAAUAAGGGAGAACUUUUUAUGAGAAUCUGUUGCACAUUUUACAAAGACUUGAUAGCGUGAAAAGAGGAAGGGCAUCUUUCGAGUCCGGGCUGGGCGUAAUGCUGUGGGAUGGACGAGGCCCAGCAGGACCAGUAUGAGCAGCAGCUGAAGGAAGUCUUCCAGAGUUUUGAUACGAGUGGCCUUGGGUCCCUGUGCCAGGAGGAGCUGUCCCAGCUUUGCCAAACCCUGCACUUGGAGGAGGCCACACCAGCGCUGCUCCAAACCCUACUGCAGACCCAGGACAGCCUCACUGCCAGGGUUGAUUUUGAGCAGUUUAAGGAUGCACUUAUACAUGUCUUAUCAACAGUAGGAGGGCCUUCACCAAGCCAAGAUACAACCCCCCAGCCAGAAUCCCCAGAAGUGCGGCCCAAGUUUGUGAAGGACGGCAAACGUUAUGGCCGCCGAUCAAUCCCCGAAUUCAGCGACUCCAUCACAGGCUUCUCGGAGGUGACUGACACGGAGCCAGCGGGAGACAACCCUGAGGAGGCGGAGAACACUACCGUGCCCAGAAAGCGUGAGCGCUGGAACACUCAUGCAGAUGGUACAGAGGAAUAUGAAGCUGAAGGUCAGUUGCACUUAUGGAACCCUGACGAUCCGGGCACCCCUCGAGGGCCGGUGCUGCCCCUGUCGGACAGGCUGGAGGAGAGGCUGCGAGGGGCGUGUGAGGACCUGGCAGUGUCAUGGGACGGCUGUGCCAGUCGCCGUGAGCUGCUGUCAGUGUGUGAGCACCUCGGCCUGGAGGUGACAGAGGAUGCCUUCCAGAGGCUGGACAGUGAUGGGGUGAUGAGUGUGCAGGAGUUUAUGUCCUGGGUUCUGGAACACUGUAAGCCCCCCACUCCCUCUGCCUCCACCCCAUAUCGACAGCUCAAGAGACACCACUCCACUCAGCCCUUUGAUGAGACCGGCCGAAGAAUCGCUACCCCAUCCGCCAUGACUAGCACAAUAGGCUUGCGCCUGUUCUCAGAUCUGGAUGAUGGGACGGGGUUUACCCCAGUGGAGUACCUUCUGGACGCCUGGCUGGAUGAUGGCAUUGAGAACAGCCCCGAGAUCCUUCAGGCUUUGGAUUUCAACCUGGAUGGAAAGGUGAACCUUAGUGAGCUCACUGUUGCCCUGGAAAAUGAGCUGCUCAUUACCAAAAAUGGAAUUUAUCAAGCAGCGCUGGCCAGCUUCAAGGCUGAGAUCCGACACCUCAUGGGCCGAGUGGACCGUGAGCUUCGGGAGAAGGAGAAAAUCCGUUCAGACUUGGAGAAGGCAGAGAAGCUGAAGACCCAGAUGGCCACCGAGGUGGACGAGCACAAUUCUGCCCUUGAACGAAUGAACGACCUUAACCUCAGGAAGCUGGAGCAGGACCACAGGGAGAAGCUGGCAGCUGUGAGGGCGGAGCUGACCAAAGAGAUGGAUCUCAUCCAGCAGCAGGCCAACCAGCAACGUGAGGAGCUGGAGAGCGAGAUGGAGAAGAUAAAAGAGGAUGAGGCAUUUCUCAGGGAACACCUCUCACUCACUGUCAAGGAAAAUGGCCGUCUGGAGGCUGAGCUGCUGGAAAGCACAGAAAAGUUGGUAGAGGCAGAGAACAUGGUCAGCAAACUGCAGAGGAACCUGGACAGCAUCCUAAAGGACAAGUUUGGGGACCUGGAUCCUGGUAGUGCUGAGUUCUUCCUGCAGGAAGAGCGUCUCCGGCAGCUGCGCACAGAUUAUGAGGGGCAAUGCAGGGAGCUGCAGGAUCGUAUCGAUGAACUCCAAGCUGAGCUGGAGGAGUACCACACCCUUGGCAGGGCUCCCAACCUCUCUCUGAAACCUUCCUUGUCUGAAGAGUUUGACACCAAGAGUCCUGGUAUUGAGUCUGACCAAGGCCUGGGCUCAGAGGAGUGUCAGCCCUUCAACAUGACCCUAGAGGCAGAGAUGAUGAUGGAGCAGCUGAAAGAGCGCCACCUUCAGGAGGUGGAAAGUCUUAGAACCCAGUUAGAGAAUCAGGUCAGUGAGUAUCAUCAGAAAAUAGAAGAGCAGAGGGCAGCUCAUGAAGAACAGCAGAGGGCGCUGUCACUCAGGUGCCAGGAGGAGGUGCAGGCCCUGCAGGAGGAGAUGUCCCGGGUCCAGGACCGAGUCCAGGUGCUGCAGAACCAGCUGGACCAGGUGCAGCUGGAGCGAGUGCGGCUAGAGCAGAGCCAGGCACAGGAAUGGGCAGAGCUGGUAAGGCGGCACGAGGAGGAGAUGAGCUCCGUCAGGCAGGAGCUGCUGGAGGCCCGGGCCCACAUCGGCGAACUGGAGCAGCAGCUGACGACCCUGGAGCUUCAGCAGGCCAGAAAUGAGCAAAGCCUUGCAGAGGAGAGGGAAAAGCUGGGGAGGCUACAAGGGGAGGAGCGUAGUAAGAUGGAGGAGCAUCAUAAGGAGGUUCUGCAGGUCAGGCUGGAGGAGGAGAGGGCAAGGUUACAGGCAGAAAGGGAGGAAGUGGUGAAGAGACUUGUAGAUGAGUGGGAGAGAGAGAAGGACAAGCUCCAGGAGAGCCAUGAAGCACUACUUCAAGCCAAACUAGAGGAGGAGAGGCAGAGGUAUCUAGGGGAGUGUGAAGAGCAGGAGAGGAUGCUUAUUGAGGAAUGGGAGAAAGAGAAGGUCCAGCUGAAGGAGCAGCAGGACAGCAUACAUCAGGUCCUGCUGGAAGAAGAGAAACUCAGGCUGUUGAAGGAACAGGAGGAGGUAGAGAGGAAAUUCAUGGAACAUUAUGAGAAGGAGAGAGCUCAGUUUGAGGAGAGCCAAGAGAAUGUUCUCCAAGCCAGGCUAACAGAGGAGAGGGAGAGGCUGCAGAAUGAGAUAGAGAAGAGGCUGAUGCAGGACUGGCAGAGAGAGAGAGCUCAGCUGGAGGACCAUCAUGAAGUAGUCCUCCAGGCCAGGCUCAGGGAGGAGAGGGAGAGGUUGCUGAGGGAGAAGGAGGUCCAGGAGAAGAAGCUGAUCGAGGAGAUGGAGAAGGAGAGAGCUGAGCUGGAGGAGAACCACCGGGAAGCCAUACAGGAGCUAAGUGCAAAGCACAGCGUAGAGAGGGAGAGACUCAGCAGCCUGCUGGACAAACUGCGGGAGGACAUCGCAGAGGAGAGGAAAGAACUGGAGAUGCACUUCUCCCAGAGGAUCAGGGAUGUGGAGACACGCUUCUCAGGUGACCAGGAGGCUGUCUCCGAGCGCUUCCAGACUGACGUGUGUAAGCUGGAGCAGCAAUACCAGAGCGAGUUGCACAAUCUCUCUGAGCGUCACGCUGAAGAGAAGGCCAAGUGGAAGUCUGAGAUGGAGGAGGUUACCCAAGCGGCGGAAGAGGAGAAGAGGGCUCUGCGGGACGUUCUGCAGCAAGAGAAAGAUUCCAUCACCCAGGAGCUGGUGAAAGAACGACAGCUGUUAGAGCAGGCCCACAAGAAGGAGUUUGACGCCUUGGCUGCUAAAAACAAAGAGCUCCAGAAUGAGCUGGAAAGCUUCAUCAGUGCUGCGCAAAUUAAGGAGAUUGAGCUGAGCAGGCAGUUGAAUGAACUGCACAGCAGGCUGCAGGAGAGCCUGGAUGCCAAAGAUGAGCUCUUGGCCAGAUCAGAGAAGAAAGCCCUGGAACUGGAACUGCUCCUCAGACAGGCCGUGGAGGACUUUGAGCAGGAGAAAGCGGAGCUUCAGGGCAACAUGGAUGAACUUGAGGAGAGGAACAAGAAGACACUUUCCCUAGCAGAGAAGCAGGAGGAUGAGAGAGAGAAUCUACUGGCAGAGAAUAACCAACUGAAGUCAAAGAUUCAGGAGAUGGAGGCAGGUAUAAGUCAACUUGCAGAACUGAGAAAGAAAUUUGAGGAGAUGAGGAUGGAAAAGGAAGAAUCGGGCAUGGUGAUUUCAUCUCUUCAAAGUCAGAUUGAGGAACUAAAGUCUGAAAUGGAGAGGCUAACUAGUUUGCGGCAGGAACAGGAAGUGCGUGUAGAGAAUGUUGUAGCAAGUGAGGCAUGUGAUGAAAUGAUUGCCACCCAAGGGGACAGCCUUAUCCUUGUGGAACCUCUGCUGCAGAAGAAGAAAGAAGACGCUAAUAAUGAUAAAGCUGCUUUUAUUCAGCAAAGGAUGUGCCAUCGUGAGAAGGAUGCAGCGAUGAUGCCUAAGCUGCAAGCAGAAUGUAAGGAGACCGCAAGAGAGCAAGACCUCAGCUUUUGCAAGAUCACAGAACCUCAAGACAAAGUGGAUGGGCUUCAGGCCCAGGCCUGUCUCCUUGCAGAGCUGCAUGCCCAGUAUGAUGCCACAAAUGAGAAGAACAUGGCUCUCCAACAGGAGAUCAUUCAACUUCAGCAGAGGACAAGAGAGCUUGAGUUUAUUCUGGAGGACAACUACAAGAAGAUUGCUGCUGGUGAGCAAGCUAUUGAGGAUAACAUCAGUCUCAGGGAUGACCUUUUGGCAAUGGUGGAGCAUACCAAAAAGAUGGAGGUGAAGAUCUCUGAAAUGAUGAAUCUUCAGAUCAAGUAUGAGGAGUGCCUCAGUGAGAACUCCAGACUGGGGGAGCAAAACAAGCAGUUAGAAGACAGACUGUUGGACCUUGAAAGUAAGAUGCACAUUAUCCAAGACUACCAAGAACAGCACGUGGAACUGCAGAAUGAAAUUAUCAGGAUGAAAAAAGAGAACUGCAAACUCAGCACUAAGGUCAGAGAUCUGCAAAAACAGGACGAGGUCCUUCUGAACCUGCAACAAGAAGCAGAGGUUGCACUGACCGAGGCCAUGGCUGAGGAGACCUUGCAAGACCUGAACUCUCAGCUGGAGGCCAAGAUCCAGGCUGUGUCUGACUUGGAAGACUGCUGCACAGAGUUUGAGUGGCAGAACGCUAAACUCCGAAGAGCACUCUCUGGCUUACAGGAGAAAUCCCUUAAGAUACACGAAAAGAUGCAAGCCCAUAGGAGUGAAGCUGUUCGUCUUGCAGAAGAAAACCUCGUUCUGAGACAUAAGAUCUCCACACUGAAGGAAGAGGACCUCCGAGAGACCCAAGAGGAAAUGCUCCAUAAAAUUGAACAAUACAGGAAGGAGAGGUUGGCUGCUCAAAAAUUGGCGGAGAACUUGAAGAAACAGGUGUUGGAACUGCAGGUCAGGGGCCAGCAACUGGAGGAUGAAAAUGGACUCCUGACACAGACAAGUUCCCAGAACUCAGCUUAUGUGCAGGAGCUGAGCCACCAUCUGUCUGAGCUGCUAAGGCACGGUGACCGGAAGGAUGGAAGCAGAUGCCAACAGCAGGGGGAGCUAGAGAGAGCCAACCUCACCCAACCUGCUCAGGAAAGGAGCAAGAUGGAGGCUUGUGUGCUCACACUGGAAAUGGAGCUGGCUAAGGCCCAGGGUGGCAACAGUCUUCUGGAGAAGGAGAAAGCCCAGCUGAUCCAGCAGCUCUCCUCACUCAGGGAGCAGGUGUUGGAGUGCCAGCUCUCUCACCUCCUGCAGGACCGGCAGACAAUGGAGAAGCAGAACCAGGCAUUCCGUGCCCAGCUGUCCACAGCCCAAGAGAAGGUCCAGGCUAUGGAUGAGGCCUUGCAGGCUGUUAACUUGCAGAAUGCACGACUCAAGUCAGACCUACGAGUCAUCCAGCAGGAAAAGGAGGCCCUCAAACAAGAAGUCAUGUCACUCCACAAACAGCUACAGAAUGCAAACGAUAAGAACCAGGUUCUGGAGAUGGCUUUGCACACAAGCGGGUACCAGAACCAGCACAAGAAACUGUACUGGGAUGAGCUGGCCCGGCUAGUGGAACAGGAGCAGCAGUUACUUAGACAGGAGAAUGAACGAUUGCAGAGGGAGGUCCAAACCACUAAGGGGGACCUCGUCCAUUCUCGAGACAAGACUCGCCAGCUGGAGACCAUCAUCUUGUCCCUGAAACAGCAAAAACAGCAGGGGCAGUCCAGCCUCGUGAAGGCUGUGGAGCAGGAAAAGGCCAGCCUAAAGCGUGAGCUGGACUCACUGCGCAAAGAGCUGGUUAAUGCUAACAGCAAGGGUCAGAGAGAGUUGGAGAACCUGCGGCAGGAGAAUGAGGGGCUGAAGAACCGGCAGACCCGCCUGGAGGCUCAGCUGCUAGAGGCUCUGCAGGCCCAGCUGGGCGGGCCACAAGCACAGCUCAGGUCGCCAGGGGAACGGAGAGGUCAGCACCGCGGGGACGAGCUCGGCGGCCGUGGCCUGGAGAUCAACCUGCAGGAGGAACAGGAAGCGAAGAUGAUGGAGAUGGAGGAGCGCAUGCGAGAUGUGGAGCUGAAACUGCGGAACGUUAAGUUACUGCUCCAGGAGAAGGUCUCUCAGCUCAAAGAUCAGGUGCACAAGAACACCAAGGCAGAUAUUAUGAUCAAGGACCUGUAUGUGGAGAACGCGCAGCUGCUAAAGGCCUUGGAGAUGACCGAGCAGCGUCAGAAAGUGGCCGAGAAGAAGAAUUACCUGCUAGAGGAGAAGAUCUCCAGCCUCAACAAGAUUGUCCGUGACCUGAGCCCUUCUCCACUGACAGCAGUACCAUACCACUUCACCCGCUCCUGAAGUCCUGCAUGUGCACAUGAGAUUUCACCACUAACUGCCAACAUCCGAGUCAUUUCAAGUCAUUUCAAUUUCUUAGGCCC